AUGAUCUUCUCCUAUGUGGGCAAAUUCGCGCCAACUGUGCUGCACUACUUGGACUCUGCGAGAGCGGCAGCACUUGCAGCCAAUCAGGCCGACAUGAUACUCCUGAUGACCGAGUCCGAUGCGAGCACCAUCAGCCAAUCUCUGAAGCACAGCUUGACCAAGCAAGGUGUUCAGCUGCGCAUCGUUGACUGGACCCUUCCUCCCGGGAUGCGAUUCACAAAGGACGAAAACUGGUGUGGCCAGAAGGAUUUCAUCCGGCUCCAUGCGCUAGGACUUGAUGAAUACGAUGCAGUGGCCUACUUUGACAAUGACAUCGAGUUCCAGGGUGACAUCACUCCGCUGCUGAAGUGUGCAGCGACAGGUCACUUCUUGUCUACAAAUGGAGGCAUUGGCGAAGCUCUGAACGUUGGCGUUUUUGCGCUGCAGCCCCACAAGGCUUUGCUGAAAGCUGCUGUUGACUUCGCGCGGGAGGCAGAUUACUCGCAGAUGACCGGGUGGGCCCAGGAGGGCUGGCGGCCCAGUGGCGGCUACUACGUAGGCGGCGAGUGCGGGCAGGGCACCUUGGAUGACGUUGGGUGUAGGGCACAGGGUUUAGGUCUUCAGGUUUCGGAUGUUGGGCUCAGGCCCAAGAUGUCAAGAUGUGAAGGGUUCAAGGCCUCAAGGGUUCAGGGAUUUGAGUUUUGUGCUUUGGAUUUCAGGCUCUGA